UAAAUCUUGGGUAUUUUCGACCCAGUCAUUGGGUAUAUCAAAUAUUGUGAGUGGUCACGCUGUCUGCGUGUGGUCCAUUUGACAAAAUGUAAACAACAUUAUCAGGACUCAACAGGCCGAGGAUAAGAAAUUAGCAAGGCUAGCCUAGAGUUAGCGCUUGCUGUAUUUGUAUUUCCGGUAAACCCUGAUAGUCUUUAAUAAACUGGGUAUGGCAGCCAGGAGUGCUACAAACAGGCAAUCGCAAAACAUGGACUCAAAUGAGAUAUCUACCAUACAGUGUGCUGAAAAUCCUAUGUUCUGUGAAAGUAGCUACAAUGGUAAAGCAGAGAAUGGUAAACAGAACCGUUGCUGUGAUAACUGUGCACGUUCCUGUAAUACUGCCUUUCGGCCGUGGAUGUCUAAAUAUUAUCAACCGAGAAGAAAUCCUACUCUUACUGAACGGCUAAAAUACUCACUGACGUGCCCUCCCCAUGGACUUGUUUCUAAGCUUUUGCUGUAUAUACUGCUGUUAGGUGUAGGCUGGGGUGUGCUGUGGGUAAUAACUGGUGACGAAGCCCUCCCUGGAGGGAACUUAUUUGGACUCUUUAUAUUAGUGGUAUUUUCUCAACUUUGUGGUUCUCUUAUUCAACUGAUAAAAUUACCUGAACUUCUUGGAAUGCUCAUAGUUGGUUUUCUGCUUGGGAAUGUUCCUGCCAUCAACUUUGCGGAAGAUAUCCAUCCGGAAUGGUCAUCGUCCCUACGCAGCAUGGCACUCGUUGUCAUCUUGAUUCGUGCCGGGUUGGGCCUAGACGCAGCGGCUUUGCGUCAACUUAGCUGUGUUUGCAUCCGGUUGUGCUGUAUGCCAUGUGUGGCUGAGGCUACUACUGUAGCUAUUGCUGCUAAUCUGUUGCUAGGUUUCCCAUGGGUGUGGGGAUUUAUGAUGGGAUUUGUCCUAGGAGCAGUUACACCUGCUGUAAUUGUGCCUACAUUGUUAAGUUUGCAAGAGAGGGGGUUUGGAGUGAGCAAAGGCAUCCCAACUUUGGUGAUAGCUGCAGCCAGUUGUGAUGAUGUCGUUGCCAUCAGCGCAUUUGGGGUAUUACUUGGCUCUGCAUUCUCAACAGGGAAUUUGAUGUAUAACAUUUUCCGUGGCCCACUUGAAUUAUUGAUUGGAAUUAGUGUUGGCGUUUUAUCUGGAAUUCUUCUAUGGUACAUUCCCGAUCAAUCUCAGGUUAACUUUUCACAUAAAAGAUUCAUCCUGUUAUUCUGCACCGGUCUAUUUUAUGUCUUUGGUAGCAAUUUAGCAGAGUUACCUGGAUCAGGAGCUCUUGGCUGUCUCACAAUGGCGUUUGUGGCCGGACACGGCUGGAAACAAAACAAGGAACCAAUUGAAAGGUUGAUGGAGAUUAUGUGGAUAUUGUUUCAACCUUUGCUCUUUGGCCUCAUCGGGGCAGAGGUCAAACUCAGUUACCUUGACCCUUCAUCAAUUGGUCUUGGUAUGGCUGUAGUUUUGAUUGGUCUAACCAUGAGAAUAUUAGUCUCCAUACUGGCUGUAAGUGGUGCUGGCCUUACUAACAAAGAAAAGGUAUUUGUAGCAAUAGCCUGGCUUCCAAAGGCUACAGUACAGGCUGCUAUAGGUUCUGUUGCCUUGGAUACAGCAAGGGAAAGAGAUGCUGGGGAGCAUCUAGAGGACCUUGGAAGACAGAUUCUGACAAUUGCGGUACUUGUUAUCCUCAUCACUGCUCCGAUUGGUGCCAUUCUGAUCAUGCUCACCGGUCCGAAGCUCCUCCAGACUAACCAACCACUGAACUCCAUCAAAGAAUUUGUUGAGGUAGCACCUGAAGAGAGAGGGCUGGCAUCGGAAGAUGUGAUAAGGAAUGGAGAAGUAUGUGGUGUUGAGGAAGGCCAAAUGGAUAAAACAGACAAUUACAGUCAAACAGUUGUGUAAUUGUGUGAUUUAAAUAGUUUACAAUUCUUGAUGUAGGUACUGUGCAAGGUUCUGUUACUUCUGCUUAGCCAGGAGUACAAAAGUUUACUGUGUGUUAGGAUAACUGAAUUAGUAUGUGUGUGUAUGCAUUAUCAAUCUUCUAUUUCCAAGUCCGUUGAGGCUUGGGGAAGAAAGAAAGAUGGUCUGUGACCAGUCACUUUAAAUACUGGACCCUAAGUGCUUUAUCACCAGGUUUCUUGAACUUGGGGAGUGGAGCUGUUUUUAGUAGAGAAAUGCCCUUCAGAAGGGAUAAAUAUAUGAUUUUAAAAUUAGAAUUUCUGGACCAAAUAAAAAUGUAAAUGUAUUAUCCAA